CGGCGCUCGGCGGGCGAGUGGCCCCACAGCGCUCAGCGAGGGUGUUAGUGCGAGCGCCCAGACCGCGUUGGGUCCGUGGCUUUCAUUUUCCUGCUGAAUUCCUGCUUUGCAGACUGAGCAAUGGCAGCCCGAGUACUUGUAAUUGGCAAUGGAGGAAGGGAACAUACUCUGGCCUGGAAACUUGCGCAGUCUAAUCAUGUCAAACAAGUGUUAGUUACCCCAGGAAAUGCAGGCACUGCCUGCGCAGAAAAGAUUUCGAACACUGACAUCUCAAUCAGUGAUCACACUGCCCUUGCACAGUUCUGCAAAGAUGAGGAAAUUGAAUUUGUAGUUGUUGGACCAGAGGCACCUCUGGCUGCUGGAAUUGUUGGGAGCCUGACAUCUGCAGGAGUGCGGUGCUUUGGCCCUACAGCAGAAGCAGCUCAGUUAGAGUCCAGCAAGAGAUUUGCCAAAGAGUUUAUGGACCGACAUGGAAUCCCAACUGCACAGUGGAGAGCUUUCACCAAAGCUGAAGAAGCCUGCUGCUUCAUUAUGAGUGCAGACUUCCCCGCUUUGGUUGUGAAGGCCAGUGGUCUUGCAGCUGGGAAAGGGGUAGUUGUCGCAAAGAGUAAAGAAGAGGCCUGCAAAGCUGUACGGGAGAUUAUGCAGGAUAAAGCUUUUGGAGAAGCUGGAGAAACAACUGUCAUUGAGGAACUUCUUGAAGGAGAAGAGGUGUCUUGUCUGUGCUUCACUGAUGGAAAGACUGUGGCCCCCAUGCCCCCAGCACAGGACCAUAAGCGAUUGCUGGAGGGAGAUCAGGGGCCCAACACAGGGGGAAUGGGAGCCUAUUGUCCAGCACCUCAGGUUUCCAAGGAUUUGUUGCUAAAAAUUAAAAAUACUAUUCUUCAGAGGACAGUGGAUGGCAUGCAGCAGGAGGGUGUGCCAUACACAGGUAUCCUCUAUGCUGGUAUAAUGCUGACCAAGGAUGGCCCAAAAGUUCUGGAGUUUAAUUGCCGUUUUGGUGAUCCAGAGUGCCAAGUGAUCCUCCCACUUCUUAAAAGUGACCUUUAUGAAGUGAUUCAGUCUACCUUAGACGGCCUGCUCUGCACCUCUCUGCCUGUUUGGCUUGACAACCACACUGCCGUAACUGUGGUCAUGGCAAGUAAAGGUUACCCAGGAGGCCACACCAAGGGCGUAGAGGUAACAGGGUUUCCUGAGGCUCAAGCUUUAGGACUAGAGGUGUUCCAAGCAGGCACUGCCCUAAAAGAUGGCAAAGUGGUGACUAACGGGGGUAGGGUCCUUACAGUAACGGCCAUCCGGGAAAAUCUCAUCUCAGCCCUUGAAGGAGCCAAGAAAGGACUAGCUGCUAUAAAGUUUGAGGGAGCCAUUUAUAGGAAGGACAUUGGCUAUCGUGCCAUAGCUUUCCUCCAGCAGCCCAGGGGCCUGACUUACAAGGAAUCCGGGGUAGACAUUGAAGCUGGAAAUAUGCUGGUCAAGAAGUUUAAGCCUUUAGCAAAAGCCACCUCCAGACCAGGCUGUGAUGUUGAUCUUGGAGGUUUUGCUGGUCUUUUUGAUUUGAAAGCAGCCGGUUUCAACGAUCCUCUUCUGGCCUGUGGAACAGAUGGCGUUGGAACUAAACUGAAGAUUGCCCAGCAGUGCCAUAAACAUGAAACCAUUGGUCAAGAUUUGGUUGCGAUGUGUGUAAAUGAUAUUCUGGCACAAGGAGCGGAGCCCCUCUUUUUCCUGGAUUACUUUUCCUGUGGAAAACUUGACCCCAGUACGACUGAAGCUGUUGUUGCUGGAAUCGCUAAAGCUUGUAAAAAAGCCGGAUGUGCUCUCCUCGGAGGUGAAACGGCAGAAAUGCCUGACAUGUACCCUCCUGGAGAGUAUGAUCUAGCCGGUUUUGCCGUUGGUGCAAUGGAGCGGGAUCAGAAACUUCCUCACCUGGAAAGAAUCACUGAAGGGGACGCUGUUAUUGGAAUAGCUUCAUCUGGUCUUCACAGCAAUGGAUUUAGCCUUGUGAGGAAAAUUGUAGCAAAAUCCUCCCUUCGGUACUCCUCUCCAGCACCUGAUGGCUGUGGUGGCCAGGCCUUAGGUGACUUACUUCUAACUCCAACCAGAAUCUACAGCCAUUCACUGUUACCUGUCCUGCGUUCAGGACAUGUUAAGGCCUUUGCACAUAUUACCGGUGGGGGAUUGCUAGAAAACAUCCCCAGAGUCCUACCUCAGAAAUUUGGGGUGGAUUUAGAUGCCCGGACCUGGAGGAUCCCCAGGAUCUUCUCGUGGUUACAGCAGGAAGGACAGCUCUCUGAAGAAGAGAUGGCCAGAACAUUUAACUGUGGGAUUGGGGCUGCCCUCGUGGUAUCCAAGGAUCUGACGCAGCAGAUUCUGCAGGACAUUCAGCAGCACGAGGAGGAAGCCUGGGCGAUCGGCAGAGUGGUUGCGUGUCCUGAAGGUUCUCCUCGUGUGAAAGUCAAGCAUCUGAUUGAAACCAUGCAAAUAAAUGGAUCAGUAUUGGAGAAUGGCACCCUGAAAAAUCAUUUCUCUGUUCAACCAAAAAAGGCAAGAGUAGCUGUCUUAAUAUCUGGGACAGGAUCAAACCUCCAAGCUCUCAUAGACAGUACUAGGGAGCCAGGGAGCUCUGCACACAUUGUUGUUGUGAUCUCCAACAAAGCUGCAGUGGCUGGCUUAGAUAAAGCAGAAAGAGCCGGAAUUCCCACCAGAGUAAUUAAUCAUAAAUUAUAUAAAAAUCGUGUAGCAUUUGACACUACAGUAGACCAAGUCCUUGAAGAGUUCUCCACAGACAUAGUCUGUCUUGCAGGAUUCAUGAGAAUUUUAUCUGGCCCCUUUGUCAGAAAAUGGAAUGGGAAAAUGCUCAACAUCCACCCAUCCUUGCUCCCUUCGUUUAAGGGUUCAAAUGCCCAUGAACAAGUCCUGGAUGCUGGGGUCACCGUCACUGGGUGCACCGUGCACUUUGUAGCUGAAGAUGUAGAUGCUGGACAAAUUAUUUUACAAGAAGCUGUUCCGGUGAAGAGGGGUGACACUGUUGAAACUCUGUCUGAAAGAGUAAAAUUAGCAGAACAUAAAAUAUUUCCCUCAGCCCUCCAGCUGGUGGCCAGUGGAACUGUACGGCUUGGAGAAAAUGGCAAGAUCUGUUGGGUCGGAGAGGAGUAAAGCAUCCUAAUCCAAGAAUGGAGCCAGCUUUGAAAGAAUUCUAGCUUCUUGCAGGGUGACUUUUAUUGUGGACUCAGCCUGAAAGAUAUCUAAGACAUAUAUGUAUUGCUUCCAGUGGUCUUUCAGGUUUUACCUGUUUGGGGCCUUUUUGUUCAUCAUCAAAACAGGCAUUCAGAAUUCCUUUUACUUUCAGCCAAAUAAGAUACCAAAACUUAAUCUUUCUUAUAUUCUUUUUCAAAGAGCUAAGAAGUCUAAUAAGUUAAUAUCUCUUCCCCAUAUUGUAUAUCUGUACUGAUUUGAAUGGAGACUUCUCUAGUUAUCCUGAUCCUAAGUUGGUGUCAUAAAAUUUUGAGGUAGCUCCCAUUUCUGAGGGAUAGUGUUCUUUGUAACUUUGAAAUAUCAUUACACAUUCCUAUAAUAAUUGACAAUUUUUGUAAUACCCAGAUUUUAGCUUCACAGUUUGGGAGGAUGGAAGGCAAUCUACUAAGACUAGUAAAGAGUAUAAUGGAACUGCAUGAUUUCCCACUCUAGCCAGUCAUCUCUAAUGUGGGUAUGCAGUUCUGGAACCGGGAGGUCUAGGUUGACAUACUGGGCCACAUGUGCAUCACCCUACACAGAGGACCACAUUUCUGUCGUAGCUGAGCAAACGGAAAGGCCACCUGGCCCAUGGGCAGCCAGCCGGCCUCAGACUGCUGAGCCACCUUCAGGGCGGCCUAAGAGCUCUGCCUGCCCAACAGGGGGGCACCUUACUGGAAGGGUACCUCGAAGCCCUGUUCAAGUCCUCCCUUGGAUUUUAAACUCAAAACUUAACGGCAUAGGACUCUUGCAGUAGUUAUAUACAGAAGAGAGUAAACUCUCGCCUUAAUACAGGAAAGAGUAGAGGGUCAGGAGAAGCAGAGUGCCAGAAAAAAGGACGGACACCUUUGCCAAGAGACCCUCAUCACUGCCUCUGGUGCAAGUCAGCUUCCCCAGGCAGCUGGCCAACAUUACCCUACCUCUCCUUGACUGUAGUCAGCAACCGCCAUCAAAUGAUGUCCAGGUACAUCAUUUCAUAUAGGUGUCUUUGCUGCAAAAACAACUGACUCAUUUUUGUCUAGAGUUCACUCAACAUAAUAAGCAGCGAUUAUGUAUAUGCCAAACUAUCCUGUGAAGUUUUUAGAAAGUUAGAAGAUAUAAAGGAAAAUGUUAUUGGUUGAUAAAAUCAUAUACUGUAAUAAAAGCAGAAGCUGGUACCAGGGUAAAUUAGAAAAAUCAGUAAGAGUUUAUGACUUUAGAAAUACAAUUUUCCAGCCCUUAUUUAGACACUAAUAUCCACUAAAAGGAACCUGGACACCAUGGAAGGUAGCUGAUUCAAUAUCUUCAGAUAGGAAGAAUCAAAGUGUGUCUGAAAUAUGUGGUUGACAGAAACCAAAAAAAAAAAAAGUUGGAAGUAGCAGGGAUGAUACUGAAAGGAAAGAGGAGUCAGCUGAAAGGGUGUCCUACUGUCUAGUUCGUGAUAAUAUUAUUUGGACAUGUUGAGUGUGUGAGCAGCUGUUGGUUUAUAAUGAUACUCAAAGAGAAAAGGUCAUUUAAGUUAUGAAAAAGGCAAUGCAUAGAAGGGUGAAAAAAAGAUGCGAGUCUUUUAUUAAUGUAAUAAAUAUGGAUAUUUGUCUUUUAUUAUAGAUGUCUCUGUUUCUGUUUGUGUAAGCAGGAGUAAAACAAAUGAGCCCCUACAUCGUGUUCAGGUAGAAAGUUACGGGGUGGAUAGGGGAAGGAGGGUUCAACUGUUUUAUCAGUUCUGCUGGUUACACACAACAAUCAAAAAGGAUUCAAGUGUGAGUUCCAAAAUGAUGAGUAAGCCAAAUAUUCUAAAGAGGAAUGUUAUAAUAAUUUCUAAGGGAUUUCAGUCUCUAAAUGUUCCUUCUUAAAUUUUUUACCAUUUUUAACUACUAUACAUAAACAUUAAAAAUAACUCAAGUACAGGGAAUUCCCUGGCAGUC